AUUUUUUUUAUUUUUUCUUUUUUUUUUUUCUUUUUUUCUUCAUUCUUCUAAACCAAGAAAAUGGCUAGUCUUGGUGGAGAGUUGGAGUCGGAUUCCUCAGAUGAAGAAUGGGUUUUUACUUCAACAAAAGCUAAUUCCAAGACCCAACAAAGGAUAUCUAUUUCUGCUAAUUCGAUUCGUACCAUGAAGGCUAAUAUACCAAAGAGAGUUGCACCCCCUCCUCCUCCUCUUCAACAUCAUGUUACUCAGAUCAUGCCUAUAUUACAGCAAAAGAAACUUAUGGUCAAACAACCCUCUUUACAAUUCAUUUCGGAUAAAGAGCUUGUCACCAUGUGUAAAGAGAUGAAUGCAACCCUUCUAGUCUCUAAACUCGUUGAUGUUUAUAAGAGUUGUGAAAUAUUUAUUCGUAUUCGUGAUAUUGAAACACAGGCAAUGUCAAUAGAAAUGAGAUUAAAAGAUCAUUUGUGUCAUGCUGCUGACCCUUGCGAUUUUGUUCUUAAUACACUAUCUUCGCUUUCGAUUUAUUUCUCUAAUAACCCGAAGAAUAAAGACUUGACCAGUAAAUUUAGAAGACUUUUAGCAAGUACUUUUUGCACUGCGCUUGCGAGGUUUUUAGAGACUCCCAUAGAUAAAAGACAGCAAGAUGUAGAAAGGGAUUUGAUAUCUUUGGACGAUGAUAUCGAGGUCGAUCUGAUCAGUUUUGAUGAUGAUGUUUUGCCUGCGGCCCAAACAGCCACUGUCGUGAAAGGAAAUGACUUGACUCAUCAACAUCAGCGAAAGCUUAUACAUAUGAUUGAUAACAUUCCUUCGCCCGUCAUUGUCUACUAUGCCAUGGAUCUUUACAAGUUAUCAAAUGUAGCUUCCUUAGGAUGUGAAUAUGAAGAUGAAGGUGUAAAACUAUGCAAGGCUUUAAUGAAACAUGGCCAUUAUGAUGAAACCGUUGCCUGCAUCAGAAAGCUAAAUCUCUAUGCACGAUUUCCCACCAAUUCGAUUGCGGAUCAAUAUUUCACCGCUGGGCAUGGGACCUCUUUACCCGCAUUGAUGCAAGGUCAACCUAUACUUCAAAAAGAAUUAUUGUCCUUUAUCAAUAAGCAAUUACGAUUUAACUAUGCUGGUGGGCUUGACAUUAUCCCACGAAAGUAUCUGGCUGACUUGUACAAUGGAUCAGAUCAAACCCAGCAACUAUCAAGACUCAAGGAAAGAAAGUUCCAAAAGGAUCUUGUCAGUUGCGGUGCUAAAAUACUGAAAGAAUGCGAUGCUGUACAAGAGGAUGAGUAUUACUUUAUUGGAUUAUCACAGAGGUAUGCAUGUCUAAGAUUUAUUUUGGCUCAACGGGCAAUCCAACAAGCGGAAGACGGGGAUUUAUCGAUUGAAGCCAGUUCAAAUUUCAAUGGUCUAAUCGAUCUUGUGUGUGAAGAUGACCCGGUAUUGGCAAGAUUAGCGAUUAAGGAAUUAAUUGAUACCGGUGACACUGUGGCUCCUCCCCAUUUUGCUUCCUUAUACAAGCAGCAAGAAUUCUAUUGUAGAUACAAUGCAUUGCCUAUCAAUCACCGCCUCUUGGGUAUUGUGAAAGGUGAACAAAUGUCUCGUCAUCGGAGUAUGUUUUCACCUAAAAAAGCUUCAAAUGUCAACGGCCUUGCUUAUUAUACCUUACCACCACAGGCACAAAGAGUGAUGGUAAACUCUCAUGCAUCUCUUAUGCAUAUGAAGGACAUAUUGUCCAUUUCCAAUAUUUGUGGUAUCGAUACAGAAUGGGUACCAACUUUUGCCAAAACAACAGUCAAGACAGCACUUAUGCAAAUAGCCUGUGACAUUGAUAAUUAUGUCUUUUUGUUGGACCUGAAGACCAUGUUUCUACCCCAGAAUACACAACUUUUGUAUAUCACUGAGAAAAUCCUGCAACUAUUGUUUGAGGAUGAUCAGAUUUUGAAAAUUGCAUACGACUUCCAUGGCGAUUUUGAUUUGUUGCAUUCAUCUAUUCCAUCGUCUCGAACAUGGCAGGUUUCUAGGUUGCUUGAUUUAAAGUCCCUGAAAACAAUGCCUACUUUAACCAAUCAGGGCCAACCAAUUGUAGGGGGGUUAGCUGGUGCGACUUCCACUUUUCUUGGUGUGACUCUGAAUAAGAGACAACAGCUUAGUAACUGGGAAAAACGACCUUUAACAGAAGAGCAAUCCAUCUAUGCAUCCUGUGAUGCAUGUUGUCUUUUAGACAUAUAUUACACCCUUGUCCGAUUAAACCAUCCAUUUAUCAAGAAUAUUGACAAAUCCACAAAUAACACAGACUUCUCUGUGUCCAAUAAUACCGAUUUGUCUUUCCAAAGGCUCCAACUCUAAGUACCCUUUAUAAUUAUUACUAUUAUUAUUAUCAUGUUUUUUAUCGCAUUAUUAUUAUCAUUUUUUCUCCUUUUUAUCUCUCUUCUCCUAUAUAACCACAACCUCUCCUACACACACACACACACACACACAGACACAGACACCCCAAAUAAAUAUUUAUCACUCCAUCACUGUCGAACAUGAUAGGUUGGAGCUGCCAUAUAACUGAAAA